AUGUUCAAAGUAUUUAAAGGGACCGGAAUCGAGUCGAGCUAUUCCAUCUCGGCGAAUCCACUGUUUGUUUCCAAUAACACAUGGACAAUCUAUCCGGCCAAGCACCGCACAACCAAGAAGAAGGUUUCCGUGUGGCAAUUCAGCAAGAAGGACCUGGAGGCCCGUCUCCAAGCCAAUGGUGUUUUGAACAGGACUAACCGCUCAAUGAUCAUGGAUGAUAUCUCUACUGUGUUGCGUAACUACGUCAGCAACUUAUCCAAGUUUAAGCAUCCAAAUUUUCUGACGGUGAUUGAGCCUCUGGAAGACCACAAAAAUAGGAUGCUGUUUGUUACAGAGUAUGUGGUCGACGAUCUCGCGACGCUCAACAAAUCUGAUCUGGACGAAAUCAUCAUCACCAAAGGGCUUUUGCAAAUAGCGUCGGGGCUCAAGUUUCUCCACCAGAGCGUCCACACCGUCCACAUGAACCUGGCUCCUAGCUCUAUCUUUAUUACGGAGAAUUUUGACUGGAAAAUAUCUGGGAUGCAGUUUAUUGAGGUGAUGGAAAACAAGGUCCAGGAGAAGUAUAUCGAUCCGCUGGACUCGCGGUUGCCAUCUUUUUUGAACAUUGAGUUCCGGUACUCGUCUCCAAACUUGCUGCUCAAACACAAUGUCGAUUAUAUCAACGACCUUUUCUCUGUUGGCUGUCUUAUUUUUUAUCUGUUCAACGAAGGGCGGCCGCUACUGGAAUGUUCGAGCUCAAGUUUGCUGGAGUACGAGCGAACGUUCAACAAGCUUAAACACAUCCUGGGCUCCGCGAACUUGCACCACCAUGCAAGCUUCAACAGCAUUCCCCGGAACUACAUAGACGUUUUCAUCCGUCUGCUCAAAGAAACUCAGGAAUCGAACAAGGACGUGCUCAUGUUGCAGACUCCGCUCACCGUUGAUGACCUGCUGGCAUCCACGAUCUUCAACAACGACCUCAUUCGGAUCCUCAACGUUAUAGACGAGUUCCCAACACUUUCGCAGCAGGAGAAGAUUGAGUACCUUACGAAUCUGACCAAAGACCUCUCUAGCUUCCCGCGGGCUCUCCUCAUCAACAAGUUUAUACCUGUGCUAUCUGAUCUGACCACUCCGCUGCUUUCUGCCAAGAGCGUGAACGAGGACGACCAGAAAGUCAUUAUUCUGGCGUCGCAGAACCUGCUGAUUCUCAGUAACCAGCUCUCGCAGCUCACGUUCAGCGACAAAAUCUUCCCGCUGCUGAACAAGAUUCUGAACGAGCAGAACAUGCCUAGCUAUGACCUUCUGCUGGUUUCGAACAUUGACACCAUCAAGACAAAACUCGGCGCAAACGAGACCGAUCUCGGGUCAAAACACACGCAGUUGUUCCAGAAACUGCUAAAUAAACUAUUCGAAAAGUCUAUGGUUGCCAGCAAUGACCCCAACACCGUUCAGCUGCAAGACAAAGUGCUCACCAGUCUAUCCGUCUUCCUCAACUACCAAACAUACUCCACCAUCACAACGCAGAUGUUCCCGGCUGUUUGUCAGCUGUUCAGCACAACUAGCUCGCUGAAAAUCAAGAAUCUCACCGUCAACGCAUUCAUACUCAUGAUCAGCGGCAUGAAGGAGAAAAAUUUAGACAAUUACAUUAUCGUCGAGAAGCUGCUACCGCUUGUACAGAACACGCAUGUCUCGAACUUCAAGAACGCGAAUUUACUGAUGAACAUGGUGCAGUUGUACGAGAGUAUAUUUCACAAGCUCAACAAGUCGCCGGCAACGAUCUCUGUCGCGAAGAAUGAGGUGGAUGUGUCAGAGCUGAUCCGUGACUCGAUUUUUUUCCAGCUCUGGAAACUCACAAAUUUUGUCUCCAGAAAAAGCGACCUCGACGGUCUAUUUCGCAUCAUCGGGGAGAUAGAAUCGUAUCUAAAAAAAUCUGUCACUGCGAAGCUCAAGGAAACGGACGCAGACUCAUCUCCACGGCCCGCCGUUGUCAACCAUGCGGCCUCUGCUACCGCCCCCGUCAAGCCUCUGGACGACUUUGAGGAUUUCCAGGCUGCUCCGUCCAAGUCCGCGCCGCUGCGCCUCCAGCCUACCAAGCAGUACACUCCGCCGGUCGCCCAGGCUGCUCCGGCUGCAACCCCCAAUAUUUUGUCGUUCGGAGCAACUAGCGCACAACCGCAAGCUGCCAACAGCCAGCAGACGUUUGCCGUCAUGCAGCCUAUGAAGGCCACCAGGGUCUCUUCGCCGCAGCCGUCGCCAGCUACCACGCCAGCUCCAACCUCGCCCGCAAUCGACUGGACCAAGACGAUGGCGCCCAAGCUGCGCACCGGGGCACCAUCCUACGACUCUCUGAUAUAA